AUGUUAUGUUAUAUUGCGUUGCGUUGCGUUGCGUUGCGUUGCUUGGGGUGGGAUCCAGGAUCCCUGGUGCUGGAUAGGCAGUGCUUGAGGCAGCCAGUCCCAUUGCGUCUCCUCUAAAGCGCGUCUAAAGAGCCUAAAGUGAUGUAGAUACUUCCUUGUUUGCUAAGUUACACCAGUUUCUUCUUCUUCUUCUUCUUCCUAGUUUUUGGUAGGCCAUCGCGCUCUCGCUCGCUCCUGUCUCUCUGCUUGCCUUGUGGAUUAAUGGUAAGCUUAGCCUGUGCUGCACUCUACCAAGUCUCGUGACUGCCAAGGAAGGGACUGGAUCAGUUCCCACAAGCGAGGAGGGCGCCACACUACGCGACGGUGCCUCUGUUUUUUCUAGCUUUGCUGCUGCAGGCAUUUCGUGUCAGUGGGCUUCGUGAUUGUGCUUCUCGCACCUCUGGGUGGCCGAGUGUGUUCGCAGCGUGUUGAGUUUUAGUGUCUUGGGUGGCGGCGACAGCGGGAAGUUUUCAUAGCUCUUGCGUUUAGGAAAGGUUUACAGGAACAUGGGAUGCAUUUUUUCUUCCGACGCUGAUGACGGAGGUCCCUCAGAAAAUUCCGUCAAUCCUAGUGAAGUAUAUGUGUAUGUAUUGGGCUUGAGGGAACCUAAACAGAUCGAUUUAACAGAGAAGUUGAAGGGAACGGUGUCGCCGGGGUUAUCAGAAAAGAUGCAAUCUCUUCGAUCAAAAAUAAUCACUCUCUGUGGCAGAAAUGGAUCUGGGAUGAAAAUGAAGCCGCAGAGGAAAUCACUCGAUGGUGAUUCCGGUGACCUGGACUUGGAGAAGGCUUUGAACGAUUAUUUACCUCUAUUGCUGGGUCUCGUCAUAGGAGGUGAUAAAUUCAAUUCGGUUGUUGAAUUUCCCUGGACAAAUGUGGUGGACGAGAAAAAGGACACUUCAAUGGCAAGUGUGUAUUAUGAGUUGCUGUCUGUGCUGCAUCUUUUAGGAGUGCUGGCUUUACAAGAAGCCAAUAUGUGCUUGACACCAAAGCCUCGAGCAGAUGAAUACAAUUCCAAGGCAACCGAAGGCAUGUGCUUCGCUUUGCAUCCAGUCUAUGCUUUUGGGCGGUACCUAUCUUCGAGCCUUUCUUGGCACACAGUAUCUGAUGAAAGCAAAAGAAAAUCCAUCAAAAUAUUGUUGAAGGCCGCAUCAUACUUCGAGUGUGCCUUGAAAGCUGUGUUGCCUAAUACUCCAGAGGAUACAAAGGCGAAGCUACCAGCUGAUCUAACUGAAACAAUGUUUAGGUCAUUGGAGCAGCAAGCUAUAGGCCAGGCUGUGGACUUGCAGCUAGGAUUUGCGGUUGUUAGUGGGAAAGCUUCUCUCGCUGUGAAGCGAAGACUGGCCUGUGAGCACGUUGAAGUAUGGGAUGAGGCAGUUAGAAAGCUAAGAGCCGUGCAAUUGGGGGAAAGGGUGAGGGACAAGCAGUUACUAUAUGUGAAAUGGAAGCUUGCAGAAGCAAAGGCGGCAGCUUAUUAUUUUCAUAGCCAAGUUUUAGAUGAGGGCUGUGGAAAAAACAUACAUGCACAAUCUCUGUCGUGCAUGAGAGCUUCACAUGCUUAUUUGAAAGAAAGCCAAAAAGCUCGAAAUGAGUUUGGGAACAUGGAACCACUGACAAAAGUUCCUCCGUUGUGGGGUACGAUGAAGUAUCUCUAUCGCAGAAUACCCAGGGAGAGGUCGAGUAAACGGCGCCUUCUCAGAGAGAAUUACCCCAAAGAAAAAAUGCCACGGAAGACACCCAAAUUGCCAGAGUUUCCUGUUGCAUUGAGUGCGGAUCCAUUCCACUUGCCUCCAUUUGAUCCAGCUUGGAAAAUGGAGAGCGGGUUUGAAGUUAGGGCUUCCCUUACUGCCGUCUUACCAGUAUAUUACACGUUGAAGGAUCAAAUUCCACCGCCAAUUUUGGAUUUAAGCAGGGCGGGACCUGCGCUACCACCAUCGGCAGUUACUGAUAUGUAUGCGUUGGUGUCGUUGGCAUCUGUAUAUGAAGUUUGGUGGAAGGAUGUGAAACGUGACUGAGGUUGAAUAUUCCAUGAUCAUGAAUGAGUGAAUAUUCACUGUUGAGCUUCGCGGGAGCUUUCAUAGAAGACUUCUGUGGCUUUGAAACCGACUGGAAUUGAAAUUUCAGCUUGUCGACAGAGCUUACAAUUUCCAACUUUUGAGUACGGGUGUAGGCUUGAAGCCCGCGAGGCGGCUUUUUCCAACAAAAGCUAACUGGAUUUGCCUACAGACGCUUCGUCUUUGUGAUACACCUAUACAUUAUUAUUCUGUAUUUUACAUUCUUUUUGCAAUUGAACAAAGUUUAAUUUGCAUAAUCUUAGGUAGUUGUAUAUGUCUUUUUAUUUGAAAGAUCAUUUUUUCUUUUUUUAGACAUAUUAGUUUGAAAGUAGUACGUUGUAGUGGUUGGAUAUGAAAUUUGAUCAGAGUAUUAUUGAAGCUGUAAAACAGUGUAGGCACAGUUCCACUGCUUUUGCAUGCUGAAGUCUAUCCACUUGUAAUGAAGUUUUGCAUUUAGGAGGAAACCGAGGGAAUAUUGGAGCCUUGUCUCUGUUACGUCAAAUUUUUUCCCUUACCAAAAGUUCAGACUUUUGUUUGAAAAAUAAAAAUAAAAUUGCUACUUUGACCAA